GGAGAAGUGGGUCCUGAGCGGGAUGCAGCAGCCAGCUGCUCCCUUGGUGUACCCAUCCCAGACCAUCCUGGCUGCUGACUCCCACUGUACACACCGUGUCAUUGAGGAUCCCGAGUGGUCCCUUGCCACUGUCCCCCACCUCACGGAGCUCUGCAUCCAGCACAUCGUUCACAAUUUUGAAAAGAACCCUAUUUUCGACCGUCUUCUGCCUGAGCACCAAAAGAAGGUGCUGGACAGGCUCUCCACUGGCCUCCCACUCUCUGUGACUGCCAACCUAAUAAGUGAUGAGGACUACUGGAAGAGGUGUUGCACAGAGCGAUGGCAAGUCUGUGACAUCUCCAACUAUGGAGACAGCUGGAAAAGGAUGUUCUUUGAACGUCACCUGGAGAACAUCCUGAAAUGUUUCAUCCCUAACACCACAGACCCCAACCAGGUCCUAGAUCUCAUCCCAAUCUGCAAAGACUAUGUGCAGAAACUGGAGGUUGAUCAGUUCCUGCCACCAUUGAAGGUGGAUCAAAAGGAGGAGGAGGAGGACCUCGCUGAUGCAGAGAGUGAUUUUGAGGUCAGUGAGGUCUCCGUGCAUCACUACAACCUGGGAGCCCUCAUUACUGCUCUCCCUCACCUUGAAGAGCUUGAUCUCACUUACGGCGUGAAGGACUGCGGCAUGAACUUCGAGUGGAACCUCUUUAACUUCUCUUACCAGGACUGCUGCAACCUGGCUGCCGCUGUGAAGAUGUGCCACAACUUGAAAGUUUUCAAGCUGACACGCAGCAAAGUGGACGAUGAGAAGACCAGGCUUCUGGUCCGUAACUUGCUGGAUCACCCCUGCUUGGUGGAGCUGAACUUGUCCCACAAUCUGAUCAGAGAUAAGGGGGCACGAGCUGUUGGCAAGUUGAUCAACCGCAGCAAAUUAGAGAUCCUUGAUCUCUGUAACAACCAGAUCCGUCACGUCGGGGCUCAGGCUCUUGCUCAAGCCCUGGCUGGGAACUCCACCUUGACCUCCCUGAAUCUGCGCCUCAACUGCGUGGAGGAUGAAGGCGGGGAGGCGAUCGGCCGUGCCCUGCUGACCAACACCACCCUGAAGUCCAUCCAUCUGGGAAGUAAUAACCUGUCAGAGCCAACUGCCAUGCUUUUCUCCCAGGUCCUGGCUCAGAACACCACCCUGACAAGUAUCAACUUCUCAUGCAACCACCUGGGACUGGACGGUGGGAAGCAGCUGCUUGACGGGCUGGCAGAUAACAAGGUUUUGACCGAGUUCGAUCUCCGCCUGGCAGAGGUGGGCCAGGAGACCGAGUACCUCAUUCACCAAAUUGUGUGGGCCAACCGGGAUGCGGCAAGGCUGGGGUCUCUGCAGCAACCCUCUGCCACGCUCCUCUGAAGAAAACGCUCCAGAGAGCAAUGAGAUUUGCAGGUGCAGUGUUGGAGGCUUGUUUUCAUUCGUAUUCCUGAGAAACACUCAACUUGUGGCUGUCACAGGAGCAGCCUUUCCUAGAUCUCCGUCAUCCAACCUAUGACUUCACACACGACCAGGCAUUAGACCUCAUGGGACUGUAGCAGCGUUGCAGAAGCAAAUUGCCUCUUGAGCUCUCUCCCUCACUGUACCCAAGACUAAAUCUUACAUGCUCCGGCAGCAAGUUCAGGCAACUGGAUGUUGUUCUACCUAUAACACAGCUGAGGCAAAGUCUCCACCAUCUAAUGGUCUAGUCGAGACCCAACCUUCAGGGAAAACAACUAUUUUAGGCUUUUUCCUGAGGAGGA